AUGCCACUUCCGCAACCGAUAGCGCCCGCCGGGGCCGCGCCGUCACAUCAACACUUGAGUUCCCAUCCACCGGAAACGCCUACGUCUCAAUUCCAUAGUGUCCCGUUAUCCCCCCCAACCGGGGGACCCGGGGCCUCCCACCAGGACGAGCGUGCGGCGCGCCGCGUAUCGAGGAAGCUGCAAAAGAGGCGCCGCGAUGGCGACCACACGCCCACCAUGGAGCUGCCCGACCGCCUCAAGGACAACGGCGACAAGGCAGAUAGCGAAGAGGAGGUGCUGCGGCCACAGGGAUACCACGGCGGCAUGUUCAUGAAUAUGAAUCAAAGCAUCUUCGGCCUGAUAGCUGCAGCCGGCAGCCAGGCAGACUUCGCCGAUCGCUUUGAGGGCCAGAGUUCUGAUGACGAAGAUGACGGUGAAAGCCCCAUGGCCAAGACUAUCGCCGGUCACCGAGCCCUAAAGCUAGAUACAGGGGGCCAAGGGUUCCCCUUAGCUCGGACGACGGUUCUAGAGAAGCAAGCCGGCGCGGGCGCUAAAGCAGACAACCGCCACAGAAGGAAGAUAUCCGAGAGUCGGCUGCUCAGGUCCGUGCCAGGGUUUUCGAGGCUUACUUUGAGAUCCUCCAAAUCUAGAUCCCCAAAGUCGCCCAAGGUCAGCUCCCACGAAGGAGGGCAAUCGCACGAGACCGGCGAGAUGGGUUCCGCCUCGCCGCCCUUGUCAGCCGUGCCUCCCAGUAUCGAGAUCACACGGUCCGACACCAGGACAGCACCUGUCAUGAGCAGAAUGCUAGAAGCCCGCGCUGAGCUGGCGAUGCGACCUAGUUUCGAUCUGGAACGAUUGUCGGGCGAGAAACUUGCGGGCCCGGACGCCGACGAGGGCGGGCCAUCAGACCUCGCCAGAAAGCUCAAGGAAAUCUUCGAAUUCGAACGGGCAGAGGAGGUCAUUGAAGAAUACCCCUGCUGGUUGCUUCAGAAUGUUCUGCUCCAGGGAUACAUGUACAUCACGGCUAGACACAUUGCGUUCUACGCAUACCUUCCCAAGAAAGCUAACGAGGUUGCAAAGUCGGGCUAUCUUUCCAAAUGUGGCAAACGGAAUCCAAAAUACAACCGCUACUGGUUUCGUCUCAAAGGCGACGUCUUGUCUUACUACCGCGACCCCCAAGAUCUCUACUUUCCCAGCGGCCAGAUCGACCUGCGGUACGGCAUCUCGGCCAACAUCACUGACAAGGACAAGGAAGGGAUCAAUUUCACGGUCAUCACUCACCACCGCACCUACUACUUCAGGGCCGACAGUUCGCAGAGCGCCAAGGAGUGGGUCAAGAGCCUCCAAAGGGUCAUUUUUAGGUCACACAACGACGGCGAUAGCGUCAAAAUCUCGCUGCCUAUAGAGAAUGUCAUUGAUAUCGAGGAGACGCACAUGCUUGAUUUUGCCGAGACGUGCAAGAUCCGUGUCAUCGACAACGACGAAACAUAUGCUAUCGACGAGUAUUUUUUCUCAUUCUUCAGCUACGGCAAGGAGGCUAUCAACGUGCUCAAGCUUCUUAUCGAAGACUCCUCGUCCCAAGCCCAGGGCCAGAGCGAUCAUGCCGAGCAGAGUUCAGGCGGGCCAUCCUCAAAACGGUCAAGUACGAGCGGAAACAGAGAGCAAGUUGCACACACACACAGCUUUCGCACGGCCAAGAUUAGCGAAGGCGUCAAAGCCACACUCUCACCUAUGUCGCCUGAUCGCAAUGCCUCCCCUAGUCCCGGAAUCAGUAGCGAUCGCCCCCGCAGCAGCUUCGAUGGUUUUAGGCCCUUUGGACGACGCAGCAUCGAUGUCGCUCAGUCACCCGGUGUGCGCGCAGAGUCCCCUACUCUGGGUUUUAGUAACAGGAGACGGUCUCUUAGCAGGAGCCGACACGCCGGGCAGGAGAUGCAAGAAAGCAGCGAUUCGUACGUACAGAGUCUGGGCGAUCCUAGCCAGGCGAGCCUGUCGGCGCUUAUUGCCUCCGGAAGCAGCGAAGAGCCCUCGGCGAGCCAAAUUUUGAGACAUAGUGAUGUAUUUCAUAGCCCCACGAUCCAUCGAUCCACGCCGCGGACCCAGGAGGCAUUGUCUGCGACCGCUGCUAGAUCCGGAGCGCCUCGAUCCGCGAAGAACGCAUCCGAACAACCCUCAUUCGCCGCCCAAGGUACAGAUUCAGGAGCAGGAGAGACCGAACUAGGCCCGACCACGCCGACUCUGCAUAGCAUUGCAGCAAUGGGAGGCUACCCGUUCCGCAAAGCCAAUGCGUUGAUGGGCUACCUAGAUCGACAAUCUAGGCGUAUGAGUAACCUGUUGGCCACAGAGUCGAUGGGUUACGUCGAGAAGGUAUCCGGCAUGUGGAAAGGUGGAGGAAAGCACUAUGACGAACCCACCGGCCUGCGAACCGACGAAGAAGACACAGAACAAGACCCGGAGGAGAGAGCCAACUCGGAAGCCCGGUUCAGGGCUCACUUUGCCCUACCUGAGAACGAGAAGCUGCAAGCUACUUAUUUCGGGCACCUGAUUCGAGUUCUGCCACUGUAUGGAAAGAUCUACAUUGGCGACAGACAUUUUUGCUUCCGGAGUUUGCUGCCAGGAACUCGGACCAAGCUCAUCCUUCCACUGAAGGACAUUGAGAACGUAGACAAGGAGAAGGGCUUCCGAUUUGGCUAUGCAGGCCUCGUGGUUGUCAUCCGCGGACACGAGGAGCUCUUCUUCGAAUUUGGCCGCGCCGAAACCCGCGAUGGCUGCACCAUCGCGAUCCUGCGAAAUCUCGAGGCGACGCGCUACUUGCGAGACUCGGCUGUUCUGGGAGGAGCUGAGGACGAAGAUGCCCAAAUCGCUGUGGCAGAGCACGAUGCAUUGCAGCGGGCAAGGAAUGAAGAGUUCCACGACCAUGAAGUACAGCUGCCGAACCAGGCAUCCAGCAGUUCCGACGCGCCUACCAUUCUCUUUGACGACCCCAAGGCCUCCUUCGUGAAUUUCAAGCCCAGCCAGCCAAUGAGAAUCACCUGCCUCACCAUCGGCUCACGCGGCGACGUGCAGCCCUACAUCGCGCUCUGCAAGAAGCUGCUUCAAGAGGGCCACAAACCGCGCAUUGCUACCCACGGCGAGUUCAAGAACUGGAUUGAGAGCCAUGGCAUCGAGUUUGCACUAGUCGGCGGCGACCCAGGCGAGUUGAUGCAACUGUGCAUUCAGAACGGCACUUUCACCUGGGCGUUCCUCAAGGAAGCCAACUCCAAGAUGCGCGGUUGGCUCGACGAGCUGCUGCGCACCGCCUGGAAUGCCUGCCAGGGCAGCGAUCUCUUGAUUGAGUCUCCCAGCGCCAUGGCGGGUAUCCACAUCGCGGAGGCCCUCGGCAUCCCCUACUUCCGCGCCUUCACCAUGCCCUGGACCCGCACCCGCGCCUACCCCCACGCCUUCAUCAUGCCCGGCCAAAAGAUGGGCGGUGCAUACAAUUAUGUCACUUACGUCAUGUUUGACAAUGUCUUUUGGAAGACAACCGCCCACCAGGUCAAUCGAUGGCGCAGGACCAUGUUGAAAUUGCCGAACACGAAUUUUGAGAAGAUGCAGACCAACAAGGUUCCGUUCCUGUAUAACUUCUCGCCGUACGUCGUGCCGCCGCCACUGGACUACAGCGACUGGAUCAGGGUCACGGGGUAUUGGUUCCUCGACGAAGGCGGGGAUAGGUUCCAGCCGCCGAAGGAGCUGACUGAGUUCAUUGAGCGGGCGAGGCGCGACGAGAAGAAGCUUGUUUACGUUGGCUUUGGGUCCAUCAUCGUCCCUGAUCCGGCCAAGAUGACGCAGGAGGUUAUUGAUGCGGUCCUGAAAGCCGAUGUCAGGUGUAUCUUGAGCAAGGGGUGGAGUGAUCGGCUGCCGGGAAGGGAUAGGGACGUGAGGGUGGGUGACAGCGACGGGGAAAAGAAGGCCGAGCCGCAGUUGCCGCCCGAGAUAUACCAGAUCCAGUCUGCCCCGCAUGACUGGUUGUUUAAACAGAUUGAUGCCGCCGCGCAUCACGGCGGUAGCGGGACCACCGGCGCGAGUUUGAGGGCCGGCAUUCCGACCAUCAUCCGACCGUUUUUUGGCGACCAGUUCUUCUUUGGUAGUCGCGUCGAGGACUUGGGCGUCGGUAUCUGUCUCAAAAAGUGGGGGGCCACGUCGUUUGCUAGGGCCCUCUGGGAGGCAACGCACAGCGAGAGGAUGAUUGUCAAGGCGAGGGUGUUGGGGGAGCAGAUUCGCAAGGAAAACGGCGUCGAAACGGCUGUUCAAUGCAUUUACCGCGACCUCGAGUACGCCACCAACCUGAUCAGGUCCAAGACGAGUAAGAACCAGACGCGUCGCGCGGCUGUUGCUGCUGCUGGUGCUGCCGGUGCCACGGAUGGCGCAGUGGCUGGUUUGGACGACGAGGAUGAGGAGGAGAGCUGGACGUUCGUCGGCGGGGACGCCGAGGUGAUUGAUGAUUUGACGCCUGAGGCGGUCAUGCACAGGACGGUUGCUGACCUCUCUUCCCCCAGGAGCCCUGGCAGUGGCAGGGCGCUGGGGAGCCGGGUUCUUGGCGGGGCGGUUGGCGAGGGUCCGCCUCCGCCUGCUGGCACGGGGCUGCGGUUGAGGAUGUAA